AUGUCGGCCAAGUACGCCGUAGUCUCGCUGCCCCUCAGCGCUUUUGACUCAAGCCACCGCGACGAUGCCUUGUCGUCUCUCCGUGGCACAGUUGGCGACAAUGGAAAUGUUGUGCCCUUCAAAAUUCCCGACUUCAAGAUUGGCACCCUUGAUGGACUAGUACAGCACGCCGACGACUUGGCCAAGCUCGAAGCCAACUGCGAGGCCGUCGUGGCCAAGGUUGCCGAUUCUCUACACUCUGUGCUCGAUGGCGACCCGGACCGACUGGCGUCCUACAAGAUGGUCAACGAUAAGCCCACCGACCACUACCUUAGCAACUUCAACUGGAAUAAGGUUCGAUACCGUUCCGACAAGCCUCUCAGCGAGCUUAUUGAUACGCUACAAAAGGAGCUGGUUACCAUCGACAACGAUGUCAAAACCAAGUUCAACCAAUACAACGCUGUCAAGACAAAUCUUGCCUCUUUGCAGCGAAGACAACAGGGAAAUCUUGCCACCAAGUCCCUGGCCCCCAUUGUCGACCCCUCAUUACUCGUUACCGACUCCGAAUACCUCGAAACCCACCUGAUCGCAGUGCCCAAAAACUUCAAGAAAGACUUCCUCAAGGAAUACGAGACAUUGGCACCCAUGGUUGUUCCACGCUCCUCUGUUGAGAUUGAUCAAGACGAAGAAUUCACCCUGUUUGCCGUCACGACUUUUAAAAAACACAGCGCUGAAUUCUUGCAAAAAUGUCGCGAGCAGAAGUGGACGCCUCGUCAAUUUAAAUAUGUCGAGGGUGGCCGUGAAGAGGAGCAGCGCGAAUUAGAUCGCGUCACCAAUGAGGAACGCAAGGUCUGUGGCGAGGCUCUGCGCAUGGGACGUACCGGCUGGAGCGAAAGUGUCAUGGUUUGGAUACACGUCUUGACAUUGCGAGUGUUCGUCGAAGCAGUCCUCAGAUACGGUCUGCCUCUAGAGUAUCUAUCGGCGCUGAUCAAGACGACGACGAAGCAAUCGGACAAGGUCAAGGCCGCACUUGACAACAAAUAUGCAUUCCUAGGUGGCAAUGCAUUUGGACGGGACAAGCGCGGACGUGUGACAAAGGACGACGCGGCAUUCAGCUCAGAGAUGGCGGCAGCGGGACUGGCGACAGGCGAAGGUCAGGAAUACACGGCGUACGUGUACUACCAGGUGGAGUUUCCAUAG